AUGGUGAGACUUGCACUCUAUUUCAAGGCCGAACUUGAGAAUGUAACGGACGUCGAACCAGGAGACGAAGAUUAUGAGUGGCAUUUCCAGGUCAAGUGCACUAGUUGCAGCGAGGUAAACGAAAAUUGGGUCGGCGUCAACAAGCUAGCUCAAAACGAAAUAUCUGGUUCACGAGGAAUUGCGAAUUUUGUGAUGCGUUGUAAGUUCUGUAAGCGGGAAAGUUCUGCACAAAUCGAUCGAACAUCUAUUAAACCAUAUACCAUUGAUAACAACGGUCAAUUUACACAGAUUGCAAUUAUUGAAUGUAGAGGAUUGGAGUUCGUGGAUUUUGAUCCUAGGAUCGGAUUCAAAGCCAAAGGAGUUGAUAGCGGAACCAUUUUCGAAAAUAUCGACUUGACUGAAGGCGAUUGGGCAGAGUACGACGAAGAGUGGUUGACUAGUGAUGGUUCAUGUUUUCAUCUUUCAAAUUGCUCAAUGAAGGCUCAGGUUCCCGUUGGGAUUUCUAACAUAAAAUCCGAAUUUAAACGCGCUUGA